AUGCCGUUUUUAAGGCUUGUCAUUGGUAACAUCUUGAGGAGGAGGUGCCCACCUCCUCUGGUAGGGGCCUUCCAGGAAGUGGAAUGGACUCGGCCUCGGAGGGCGCCCCUUGCUUCCUCGAGCUCGCGGGACAGAAGACGACCGGUCCCCAGGCGCCCCUGCCCUGGGUGCCGAGACUUGCAGCGUCCGCAUAUAGGACACGGCGUCGGCGCGGCGGGGUUCUGCAUUGUCCGCGCUGUGUUUGACCGCGGCCGCGAGGCCGGCGUGCCUUUCAGGCAAGCCGGGGUCCCGGGCAGAGUGCACCUGGCGUGCGCUUCCCCCGCGUGCAACCACCUUUGGCUUUCGAGCAGCCGGUGCGAGCCCGGGUGCGGCCCCUCCUGUGGUUCCCAGCACGAGCGCCGAGCGGAGGGCCGCGGACUGCAGCUUUGCCCUGGCCCCGAGGAAUUCUGCACUCACUGUAGUCUCUCGAUCCCUGUCAACAACCUUUCCAGAAGACAGUUGAGGAGCAUCUGGUCCCACCUCCCCAUCGUGCAGGUGAGGAACCUCAGCUCCCUUCAGCGUCGCCGGCGUCAGUUAAAUCAGCAUGCCCUCUUUCCGUUGUUGGAAGCCAUCUGCAUUUUCCUGUUUGCUGGAGCGCCCCCAUCCCUCUCUCUCCAGGAAAUCCACGUAAGCAAGGAGAUCGUGCGGAAGAUUUCAGCCGCCAGCAAAAUGAUGUGGUGCUCGGCAGCGGUGGACAUCCUGUUUCUGAUAGAUGGCUCUCACAGCAUCGGCAAAGGGAGUUUUGAAAGGUCCAAGCACUUUGCCAUCACGGUCUGUGAGGCUCUGGACGUCGACCCCGCAAGGGUCAGAGUGGGAGCCGUCCAGUUCGGUUCCACUCCUCGGCUGGAGUUCCCCUUGGAUGCAUUUUCAACCCAACAGGAAGUGAAAGCAGAAAUCAGGAGGAUGGCCUUCAAAGGAGGGCGCACAGAGACAGGCCUUGCUCUGAAGUACCUUCUCCGCAAAGGGUUCCCUGGGGGCAGAAAUGCCUCUGUGCCCCAGGUCCUCCUCAUCGUCACCGACGGGAGGUCCCAAGGGCACGUGGCCGAGCCUGCCGAGCAGCUGAAGCAAAGGGAUGUCACUGUGUUUGCCGUGGGGGUCCGCUUCCCCAGGUGGGAGGAGCUGCACAUUCUGGCCAGUGAGCCAACGGAGCAGCACGUGCUGAUGGCCGAGCAGGUGGAGGACGCCGCCAACGGCCUCUUCAGCAGCCUCAGCAGCUCUGCCAUCUGUACCAUCACCUCUCCAGACUGCAAGGUCCAGCCUCACCCCUGUGAGCGCAAGACACUGGAGACGGUCAGGGAGCUUGCCGGCCACGCCCCAUGCUGGAGAGGAUCUCGGGGGACCGACGCUGUGCUGGCUGCACUCUGUCCCUUCUCCAGCUGGAAGAGAGUGUUCUUAUCUCACCCUGCCACCUGCUACAGGACUACCUGCCCAGGCCCCUGUGACUCGCAGCCAUGCCAGAAUGGAGGCACGUGUGUUCCAGAAGGACCGGACAGGUACCACUGCCUCUGCCCACCGGCCUUCAGAGGGGAGGCUGACUGCGCCCCGAAGCUGAGCGUGGAGUGCAGAGUGGACAUCCUCUUCCUACUGGCCAGCUCGGCGGCCGCCACCCCAGAGGGCUUCCAGCGGGCCAAGGCCUUUGUGAAGCGGUUUGCACAGGCAGUGCUGGGCGAGGCGUCCCGGGCACGCGUGGGCGUGGCCCACUACAAUUCCAAGCUGGCAGUGGCCGUGCCCGUGGGCGAGUACCUGGACGUGCCAGACCUGGUCCGGAGUCUCGACGGCGUGCCCUUCGGCGGCGGUCCCACCCUGACCGGCAGGGCCUUGCAGCAGGUGGCAGAGCGCGGCUUCGGGAGCGCCGCCUGGACGGGUCAGGACCGGCCCCGCAGGGUGGUGGUCCUGAUGACUGAGGCGCGCUCGCAGGACGAGGUGGCCGGCCCGGCACUUUUCGCGAGGGCCCGGGAGCUGCUCCUGCUGGGUGUGGGCAGUGAGGCUGUGCAGGCGGAGCUGGAGGAGAUCACGGGCAGCCCGGAGCGCGUCAUGGUCUACACCGGCCCACAGGACCUGUUCAACCAAAUCCCGAAGCUGCGGGGGCACCUGUGCAGCCAGCCACACCCAGGCUGCCGGGCCCGGCCGCUGGACCUGGUCUUCAUGUUGGAUGCUUCGGCCUCGGUGGGGCCCGAGAACUUCGCCCGGAUGCAGAGUUUCCUGAGAAGCUGCACCCUCCAGUUCGACGUGAACCCCGACGUGAUGCAGAUGGGCCUGGUGGUGUAUGGCGGCCAGGUCCAGACAGCCUUCGGGCUGGACACACACACCACCCGCGCCACGGUGCUGCGGGCCCUGAGCCAGGCCCCCUACCUGGGUGGGGCGGGCUCGGCAGGCACAGCCUUGCUGCACAUCUAUGACAAGGUGAUGACGGUCCAGAUGGGCGCCCGGCCGGGUGUCCCCAAGGUUGUGAUAGUGGUCACGGGUGGGCAGGGGGUGGAGGACGCGGCUGUCCCUGCUGAGAAGCUGAGGGACAACGGCGUCUCUGUCUUGGUGGUGGGCGUGGGGCCUGUCCUGAGGGAGGCACUGCGGAGGCUCGCAGGUCCCCGGGACUCCCUGAUCCACGUGGCGGCCUACGAAGACCUGAGCCAUCACCAGGACACGCUCAUCGAGUGGAUAUGCAGAGAAGCCAAGCAGCCAGUUAAUCUCUGCAAACCCAAUCCGUGCAUGAACGAGGGCACCUGUAUCCUGCGUAAUGGGAGCUACCGCUGCGAGUGCCGGGAUGGCCGGGAGGGCCCCCACUGCGAGAGCUGGGCCUUGAGAGGAGAUGCCCCGAAGGCACGGGGCUCCAGCGGAGAGCCUGAAGGAGGGCAGCAGCCCGGGCCCCCUGGGCACUGAAAGGAGUGUCCUGUCUCGGGGACCUCUAAGCGUCUGCCUCCAGCUCUGCCCAGAACCCUGCUGCCCACUUUCCCAACCCAGGAGGAAGGGAGGGCCCAGCUGCAGACAGUGCUGCCCAGGAAGCCGGUGGCAGCCGCCCUCACCCCCUAACGAUGACCUUGACAGCUUUUCACGUGUAAGUAAAUGCUCUGCUGAGCUGGUUGUGCCCUGCUGAGCGGGCGACCUGCCGCCUCUCCCAAGGAGGAACAGAGGAACCCGGGGACUUCUGAUGGCCUGUUUGAAGCUCCCUUUGCCCACAGCAAAUGCUAACUAGAACAUCACUGGGACAGUCACGCCCCAAGAGAAGGCAGUGACGAGAGGGUCCCUCAGACCACUGACGGGAAGGGACGGGAUGGCGUUUCAAGAUGGAUCAAGCAUGGACCUUUCAACACAUCUUUGCCCAAAGAUGUCCUUGAUGCAGUCAUUUGCUUGAAAAGGGGCUUGAGUGGCACAUCUGACUUGUUCUGGUGACAGGUUCCAUGUGGGAGAGACAGAAAGGCCCCAGACUGGAAGGUGACUGAUUAACCAGCUAUUUGCCUGUGGGGGAGGGGCUGAGUGUACAAACACCCCUGGUCUCCAGGGGCCCCGCGAGCUGGGCUUGGCCUUGGCAGCAUUCCCUUCCAGGGGCUUUGGAGAGUUUCCUUAGGAGAGCUCAUUGUGAGGGGUUUCUUGGGUGCUUGUCUUACUCCCCUUGUGUGGGGCAAAAAUCAGUAGAAUUCUUAAACUCAGUUAAUACAGAACAAGAAAAUUUAGGGAGAUUUUGCUUUUUUAGGCAUAGAUUGUAUGCUGUCUAGGUUUUAGUUUUGCUUCUUGUGCCUGGUUUUUAAAGACAUAUUUUAAGAAAUGUUUGUUAGGGGGUUCAUGUUGUGGCUUGGCUCGUUAAGAACCCAGCUAGCACCCAUGAGGAAGCAGGUUGGAUCCUUGGCCUCACACAGUGUGUUAAGGAUCCGGCGUUACUGUGAGUCAUGGUGUAGGUCAGAGAUGCAGCUCGGAUCCUGAGUUGCUAUGGUGUAGGCUGGCAGCUGCAGCUCUGAUUCGACCCCUAGACUGGGAACUUCCAUAUGCCACAGGUGCGGCCCUAAAAAGAAAAAAAAGUUGGUUAUUUAAUGGGAAUAUUUGUACCUAAAUGGCCAAGAGGCACAGUCAGAAUAUUUUCUGGCGAACAAGGUAUUUCACAAUCAGUUCUCCCCCUGGGUGGUAGUGUUUGGAGUUGGGUUUUCAGUGGAGCCUUUGCAGAGUUCUGACUUAAAUCCAGAGCCUGUUAUCAUUGUUUUUAUUUUUAAUGUAAACACUUAAUGUGAUGUUUUAUAGGCAUGCAGUGCUACCUUGAUUUAAACACUGUUUAGCUUUAAGAACUUGAGGAUUUCUGGUGCAAGAAAAACAUGUGAAAAUUCAUCAUGGUUUUUGUUGGAUGUUAAAAAGUCCGGUCUGCCCAGCCCUGUGCAUGUCAGUCAUUUGUGUUCAAGGGAUAUAUUCAUUCCUAUUACUACUCUUACCUUCGCAGAGGCGACAUCAGAGCAAGGGCCACAUGUCCACCUGGCAGAUGCUGAUAGGUGAUGGCAGAGAAUUUACAUGACUCCAUUGUCUUUGCAUUCAUAGCAGUUUAAUCAUUUAAUAGCGGAAGCGCUUUGUCUGGUUCAGGGCUGAUAUGUGAUGUCCCAUUUUCAUUGGACUUUAUAAAAAAAUUUUUAAAAAACCCCACAAAACUGUGGGGCCUGGGCUUACAUACCAAAGGCCUUUUUUUUUUUUUUUUUUUUUUUUUUUUUUCUUUUUAAAGGCUGCACCAGCGGCAUAUGGAGGUUCCCAGGCUAGGGGUCGAAUUGGAGCUGUAGCUGCUGGCCUACACCACAGCUCUCAGCAAUGUCAGAUCCUUAACCCACUGAGCAAGGCCAGGGAUCAAACCCGCAACCUCAUGGUUCCUAGUUGGAUUUGUUUCGGCUGCGCCACAACAGAAACUCAAGGCUUUACUGUUUUUUAUUUUUAGGUCUCAGUCCUUGAAACUUUUUUUUUACCGUUUCUAGUGAAGGUGCCAGUUGAGGGAUCGGUGCUUUCAGGGUCCCAGUAGUGGCAGAGGGCCUUCCUAACCACACGGCCUUGGUGAGCUUUUCCCAGCCAACCUUUCUCUUUCUUUUCAAAGAAACUGGCUCUUCAUUAUGUAUGUAAUAUAGACGUAUGUUCUUCUUGGAAAAACGUAAACAUUGCAGGUAGAUCAUAAAUCUUUCUUUGCACUGAAUGAUCAUGAUUUCAACGAGCUUGCUAAAUGCUCUGGUCCUGAUGGUUAUUUGAGUCUCUUGCUUUUCUAGAAAGAUAGUAUUUACACAUACUCACCGUUUUGUCUCUUCCUCUUGAAGUUCCAGACUAUUUCUUGUCAUUUUUGUAUCGUGUAGGAUCUCCAGAGUGAUGUUUUUUUAAAAAAGUAAUGGUAAGAGUGUGUAUCUGGUUCUUGAUUUGAAGGGUCUUUUUCAUCAUGACAUGUUAUUUUUUUGUGGGUUACUUGAUAAGGAACCCUAAGUAAUCUAAUUCCUAGAUUACAAAGAGUGUAUUAGGAGGGUUGAGACUUGUGUUUCUGUUUCCUUUGAGAAGAUGUUUAUUUCACAGUGAAUCUGUUAAUAGGAUAAAUUACCCAUGAGCGUAUUUUCAGUUGUUGAACCACCUCUGAUUUUCCUGGAUGAAUGUUAUUUGGUUGCGAUAUCCGAUUCUUUAAAUGCUGCCGAAUUUCAUUUGCCAAUAUUAUAAAGAUUUUUUUUCAUCUAUGUCUGAAAAUAAGAUUAAGUUUUUCUUCUGCAAAGUGUUAGAAUUUUGGUAUCAGAGCUAUGCUAACUUUCUAAAAUGGAACACAUAUAGUCCUCAACCUUUCAAUCUGCUAUAUUCAUAGUAUUUUCUUGUAAUUUAAAAAGUCUUGUAUCUGUACUUAAGGCCUCCUUUUUAGUUCUACCAUUUAAUAUUGCCUUAAGCUACAUUUUUUAUUGGAUUUGUCCUCUUUUCAAGGAGCUAGAAAUUUGAUUUUAUCAUUUGGAAAAUGAGCAUAUUUACACUAUGAACUUUCUUAAUUAUUACCACUGAGGCAACUUUUCAAGUAUUGAUAUGCUCCCCCCCCCAAGAAUUAUUUAGGAGUGUGUUUAACUUCUAGGAGUAUUGAUUUUGUCAUUUAUGUGGGUGACAGCUUCUGAAGAUGUUUCCCAUGUGUUAAUUAAUUACAGUAUUAAAAUCUUCUUACGCAGCUUGAUUGAAGGAGGCUUAAAGUUUCCUUCUAAGAUCCCCCCUUAUAGCUCCACCAGUUUUUACUGCACAUAGUUUGUAGUUCGCUGCGUAAAUAACCAUGAGGUUUCCCCCUUGAAGGAGAAGUCUCCCAGACUUGGUCCAAGUCGUCCCAUGAAAUACGAGAAAACCCAAAAUACAACGAACAUUUUAUUAAAAAAAAAAAUCAACUCUAACUCACCACUUGGGACACCAAGUGUUUAUGACAAAGGAAAUAAAUGCCCUGGGAUUAGACAAUAAGAAUCAAAAGACCUUUAGUUCUCAGGAACCAGUGUUAUAGAGAACUCUGAUUCAGAACCCCCAGAAAUGAGGCAGAGAUGACAGAUGACACAUUUCAACCUGUGUUAACAACGCCAUCGGAAGAGAAGGACAGGCAGCACAAAGAACAGCACUGCCCAUUAAAGAAAAGAGACCACCCGAAACAAAAUUCACCCCCCUUUUUUUUUUUCUUGGAAAGGGCCUGGACAUUAAGGACAACUUAAAAAACAGAGACUAAGAGAGCAUUAUAUUAAAUAACUAACUCUUCUGUAAAAAUGGCCUCACCACAGGACUCAAUCUGUAAACACAGGGUAAUCUUGUUUCUAUGAUAAUGUAAAAAGUCAGUUAACUCUCCAAAGACACUUUUCACUGUUCUAAAUUACAGGAUUUUAAACAUUUUUUUUCCUAUAUAAUACAGCAAAACAAUUUUUUUUAAAAAAAAACAAUUGAUUCAGGCUUGCUUUAGGAUGGGGAAAAAGUCCUUGAUUUAUUGGGAACAGUGUCCCAAAUAUCUUUCCCCGUGCAAUUUCUCAAAAAACCACGGAUGGUUUUACACAGUUGAAGACAAGGAUGGUUUAACCCCCGGCACUGCAAAGACCGGAUAGGCGAUGACAGCCAGGAGUUUCCCUCUUCCGAUCACCAGAGCCAUGUGAUCAGCGCAGCAGGGCCCUGCUACCUCGGUUUCUCGUCCACCAAAGUCUCAACAUCAGAAGCUUUUCACUUAAAAAGCUUGAUAAAGCAAUUGACGAAACAGUCAAGGAAGAAAACACAGGAUACCCCUAAAUACAGCAAUGUCUUCUUUACAACCACCAGACUUAGGUCUCAAAAAAAAAAAAAAAAAAAAA